CCCUCGAAACCGCCACUCGAAGGCGCUAUUCUUCUAGAUACCCAGAACCGAAAAUAUAUACACAAACAUGGCGACAAGACAGACAGUGAAGAUGCUGUUCCAUCUACGGAGGACAAUAUUUUUGUUAUUUAUCUUCGCUCCCCGUACAAUUUCCUCCACUCUUCGUCUCCAUCCAGACCAGCAGUUCAUGCUUCCGCAGCAUAAGGGAUUUUCUUUGAUUAACGCUAAAGAGGUAUUCCUGCAGGGAAUAGGCGCCGAGGCUCAACGAAGAGCAGCCCGUAAUGCGAAAGAAGACGGAGCGGCCGCUGGCGCUUAUCAGCAUCGCAGUCGGCGGAGUGCUGUAGAAUCACCCGUGCCAAAGGUGUACGGACAGGCCAACCUGAACGACUCCCACAACCAGAUGGUAGUCCACUGGGCUGGAGAGAAGAGCAACGUGAUCGUAGCCCUGGCGCGAGACAGUGCCGGAUCCACCGGGCCCAAAACCAGUUCAGUAUACGUGUCCUAUGACUAUGGGAGCAGCUUCACCCUGAUCUCAGACCUCUUCCAGCUGGGCGCACCGGCCCAGAAGGACACCAAGCAGGUCAUCUCCCAGUUCUACCACAGCCCCGCAGACAAUAAAAGGUACCUGUUUGCAGACACCAUCAACAACUACCUGUGGAGCACGUUUGACUUCUGCCGGAGGGUGCAGGGCUUCCCGGCUCCCUUCAAGCCCUCAGACCUGCUUCUGCACAGCCGGAAACCCAACCUGGUGCUGGGUUAUGAUGGAUCCCACCCCAACAAGCAGCUGUGGAAGUCUCAGGACUUUGGCCAGACAUGGAUUCUGAUUCAGGAGCAUGUGAAGGCCUACUUCUGGGGCGUGGAGCCGUACGACCCCCCCACCUCAGUCCUGGUCCAGAGGCACGAGCCCCAGGGGGAGUCCUCCAUCCUCAGCAGCACAGACUUCUUCCAGAGCGAGCAGAACCGACGGGUCAUCCUGGAGCAGGUGGACAGCUUCCAGCUCCGGGACAAGUACAUGUUCGCCACCUCCACUAGGACAUUGUUUGGCAGUCAUGAAUCUUCGUCUGUCCAGCUGUGGGUCUCCUACAACCGCCAGCCAAUGAAAGCUGCCCAGUUCAUGACCCGUCAUCCAAUCACAGAGUACUACAUUGCAGAUGCGUCUGAGGACCAGGUGUUUGUGUGUGUGAACCACCAGAACAACGUGACCCACCUGUACAUCUCCGACAGCCAAGGACUGGCCUUCUCUCUGUCCCUGGAGAACGUGCUCUACUACAGCCCUGAGGGCUCCGGCAGCAACACACUCAUCAGGUACUUUGCCAGCGAGCCGUUUGCAGACCUGCACCGCGUGGAGGGUCUGAGGGGCGUGUUCAUCGCCACGCUGGUCAACGGCUCUCUAAGCGAGGACAACAUGCGCUCGGUCAUCACCUUUGACAAGGGGGGCACCUGGGAGCUGCUGCCCCCCCCUACCUCAGACAGCCUGGGGGGUACGGUGGACUGCAAGCUGUCCCGGGGCUGUUCCCUCCACCUGGCCCAGAGGUGGAGUCAGCUGCUCAACCUGCAGCUGCGCCGCAUGCCCAUCCUCAGCAAGGACUCUGCCCCAGGACUCAUCAUGGCCACAGGCUCUGUGGGCAGUAACCUAGCCAACAAGGCUAAUGUUUAUGUGUCCAGCAGUGCUGGGGCCCGCUGGAGAGAGGCUCUGGCUGGCCCCCACUUCUACACCUGGGGCGACCACGGGGGGCUGCUCAUGGCCAUCGCUCAGGGGGGGUCCACCAUGAACCUCAAGUUCAGCACCAACGAGGGGGAGACCUGGACAGACUUCCAGUUUUCCGACAGGGAGGUGUACGUCUACCAGCUGCUGACGGAGCCCGGCGAGAAGAGCACCAUCUUCACCAUCUUCGGCUCCUACGCUGAUCAGAGCCACAGCUGGCUCAUCCUGCAGGUCAAUGUCAGCGACGUGCUCGGUGUGCCCUGUGCUGAAGGGGACUACAAGCUGUGGUCUCCGUCAGACGAGCGUGGGAACGACUGCCUGCUGGGGAAGGAGAUGGUGUACAAGCGCCGCACGCCACACGCCACCUGCUUCAACGGAGAGGACUUUGACAGGCCCGUCACCGUGACAAACUGCUCCUGCACUCGGCAGGACUACGAGUGUGACUAUGGCUUCAAGCUCAGUGAGGACCUGUCCCUACAGGUGUGUGUACCUGACCCCGAGUUCUCAGGGAACCUGUACGCCCCACCUGUGCCCUGUCCUGUGGGCACCACCUACCGCCGCAGCAAGGGGUACAGGAAGGUGCCUGGUGACAGCUGUAGUGGAGGAGAUGUGGAGACCAGGCUGGAUGGAGAGAUGCUACCCUGUCCUGUGGGAGAGAGUACUGAGUUCAUCCUGUAUGCGGUGAGGAACUCCAUCCACCGCUACGACCUGCUGACAGGCACCGACCAGCCUCUGCCCCUGACGGGCCUGCGCGAGGCCGUGGCGCUGGACUUUGACUACGACAGGAACUGCCUGUACUGGGCCGAUAUCUCCCUGGAUACCAUACAGCGUCUCUGUCUGAAUGGCAGCACAGGACAGGAAGUGGUCAUUAGAAAGGACCUGCAGAAUGUGGAAGCGUUGUCCUUUGACCCCAUCAGCAGGCUUCUGUACUGGGUGGACGCGGGGGCACAGAAGAUCGAGGUGUCCAACCCAGAUGGGGACCUGCGCCACACUCUGCUCAACUCCUCUGUCCUGGAACACCCCCGAGCCCUGGUCCUGCUGCCUGGAGAGAGUCUGAUGUUCUGGACGGACUGGGGCGACCACGCGGCCGGCGUGUACCGCAGCUUCAUGGACGGCUCCAACGUGAGCUGCAUCGUGUCGGAGGGCGUGCGCUGGCCCAACGGCAUCACGGCGGACGAGCGCUGGCUGUACUGGACGGAGGCGUACGGAGACCGCAUCGAGCGGGCCGACUUCAGCGGCGGCCAGCGCAGUGUGGUCAUGGAGGGACUGCCACACCCCUACGCCAUCGCCGUCUUCAAGAACGACCUGUACUGGGAUGACUGGUCCAGGAUGGGCAUCUUCAAGGCUCCCAAGGCCGGCUCUCAGAGCAACGAGCUGAUAGUGGGCCGUCUGACCGGGGUCAUGGACCUGAAGAUCUUCUACAAGGGCAAGGCCCGAGGACAUAAUGCGUGUGUGGACCUGCCCUGCAGCCUCCUCUGCCUCCCCCAGCCUGGGCACCGCCACACCUGUGUCUGCCCCGACGGAGUCCCCUCCACCCCCCUGCCCAGCGGCCAGCUGCGGUGUCAGUGCCCCCCCAACUACCAGCUGGUCAACAACACCUGCGUCAAGACUGAGCACAGCUGCCAGCCUAACCAAUACCAGUGCUCCAACGGCCGCUGCAUCAGCAGCAUCUGGAAGUGUGACAGCGACAACGACUGCGGAGACAUGAGCGACGAGCUGGAGUGUCCCACCACCACCUGUGACCCGUCCAUCCAGUUCCGCUGUGUGGCCUCGGGCUCCUGCAUCCCCCUGGCAUUCAAAUGUGACCACGAGGACGACUGUGGUGACAACAGUGACGAGGAGCACUGUGAUAGCCACCAGUGCGGCCCAGGAGAGUUCACGUGUGACCGGGGCGUCUGCAUCCGGGAGGCCUGGCGUUGUGAUGGAGACAACGACUGCAGGGACUGGUCAGAUGAGGCCAACUGUACAGUGGGGCACCACACGUGCGAGGCCAGCAGCUUCCAGUGCCACACAGGUCACUGCAUCCCUCAGCGCUGGGUGUGUGACGGAGACGACGACUGCCAGGACGGCUCCGACGAGGAGAGCGUGCACUGUGAGGGCAAACACUGUAAUGGCUUCCUGUGCUCCAACGAUACCUGUCUACCUGCCAGCGCCCACUGCAACGGCGUCCAGGACUGCCCAGGGGGCGCCGACGAGCAACACUGUGACCCCCUGUGCACUCGCUACAUGGAGUUUGUGUGUCAGAACCGGGCCCAGUGUCUGUUCCAGUCCCUGGUGUGUGACGGGAUCAGACACUGCGAGGACGGCUCAGACGAAGACCCGCAUUACGCCGGGUGUGCCGCGCCCUCCGAGUUUGGGAAGGUGUGUGACGCGUACACGUUCCAGUGCUCCAACGGAGUGUGUGUGAGUCUCCGCUGGAAGUGUGACGGCACGGACGACUGUGGAGACUACUCUGACGAGGCCAACUGUGACUCCCCUACUGGGCUGCCUGGCUGCAUGAGCUCUCAGUUUGAGUGUGCUAACGGACGCUGUGUCCCCAACUGGUGGAAAUGUGAUGGAGAGAACGACUGUGGAGACUGGUCUGAUGAGGCCCACUGCACAGGAGAGGAGAUACCCCAGACCCCCGACCCCCGCCCCUCCUCCUGCGCCCCCAACAGGUUCCACUGUGGCUCCGGCGCCUGCAUCAUCAACACCUGGGUGUGCGAUGGCUACGCAGACUGCCCUGAUGGCAGUGAUGAGCUGGGCUGCCCUACAGCAGCCAAGGGCACAGUGCCUGCAGCCUCCACCCAAGCCCCGCCCCAACCAGGACGCUGCAGCCAGGGCCAGUUCCUCUGCCUCAGACCCCCCCACUGCAUCCCCGACUGGCAGCGAUGUGAUGGACACUCCCACUGCCAGGACGGCUCAGACGAGGCCCACUGUCCGACGCGAGGCCCACUGUGGUGCGUGAACGGGACUCGCUGUGCAGACGGGGAGGCGUGUGUGCUGGAGAGCGAGCGCUGUGACGGCUUCAUGGACUGCUCUGACCACAGUGACGAGGACAACUGCAGCGCCGACUCCCUGGUCUAUAAGAUUCAGAACCUGCAGUGGACGGCAGACUUCUCUGGGGACGUCACUCUGACCUGGUCACGCCCCAAAAACCUUCCGCCCGCCUCCUGCUACUUCCUCAUCUACUUCAGGCUGGUGGGGAUCCAGCAGUGGACCAUCAUGGACACCCACAGCAACAAGAGCAGCGCCCGGCUCAGUCUCCUGAAGCCAGACAGCAGCUACCAGGUGAAGGUUCUGACCCAGUGCCUCAACAAGCUGCACAAGACCAACGAGGUGCUCACACUCAGGACGCCUGAGGGACUGCCAGACCCGCCCAGAAACCUGCAGCUGUCAUGUGACAGGGGGGAGGAGGGGAGUGUGCUGGUGUCCUGGAGCCCCCCAGACAAGACCCACGGACUGCUGAGGGAGUACAUCGUGGAGUACAGUGAUAGGAGCAGUGUGGAGUGGUCCUCUCUCAGAAGCACCAGUGCCAGUGUUGAAGUCAAGAACCUGCAGUCCAACACACUCUACAGCUUCAGGGUGUCAGCCGUGACCAGUCGAGGAGUAGGAAACUGGUCCGAGGUCAAGUCCAUCACUCCUCAGAAAGCCCUCCCUCCUCCCUCUGUCAUUGCUGACAGCAUCACUAAUGACUCCAUGAGCUUCUCCUUCAGCUUCAACUCUGAGCACAAGGUGAAGCAGUACGUUGUGGUUCUGUCCUGGGAGUUCGACGCUCACGUGAAGGAGAGCAGGAACUACACAGUGAUCACUGUACUGAGAGCGGGGAGCCUGGCUCCGGGCACCGUGUAUGAGGUGGCAGUGUGGGCCCACACCAGCGUGGGCGACAGCCCCACAGCUCUGUCCAUGCAGCAGACCCUGGGGCCCCCCCCGGACCCCCCGCUCCUCAAGGCCCGCGCCCUCAACCAGACCUCUGCAGACUGCAGCUGGAGCACCACAGGCCCCCCUGCACAGGUGUAUGGUGUGUUCUUUGCCACCUCCUUCCUGGACCUGUAUCGGAGGCCACAUUGUGUGAACACGUCCGCCUCCAGCAUCACUGUGACUGUGGGCGGCAACGAGCAGUACCUCUUCCUGGUGCGGGCUGUGGCCCCCUACCUGGGCCCCCCCUCAGACUCGGUGGUGGUGCGGAUGAUCCCCAGCGAGCGCCUGCCCCCCAGGAACCUCCACGGGGUCCAUGUGGAGCAGACCAAGGCCCUGAUCAAAUGGCAACCCCCCUACGACUCCCCUAGCACCCCUCUGACAUAUGCGAUCAGUGUGAGGGACACCAUCCGUAAGACAGAGCACAGCUACAAGCUGGAGACUAAGAAUAACUCGGUGGAGUACAGGCUGGCAGGCCUGGAGCCUGGAGGACGCUACAGUGUCACUGUCAGGCUCAGGAACAUGAGCAAGGAGGCCAGCUACACUCUCAACACAGUACCUCUGCCUCCCCCUGAGGCUCUGAAGAUUCUGACGGAGAAGGACCACGCGUUCCUGUUCUGGAAGAGUCUGGCGGUCAGGGAGAAGGGCUUCAACGACAGCAGGGGCUAUGAGGUGCACGUCCACGACAGUGUGACCAACUCCAACACGUGUCUGGGGAACACCACAGAGACAUACUUCCGUAUCGGCAGCCUGCAGGCGGGACACAACUACACCUUCUCUGUCCAGGCCCGCUGUCUGCUGGCCGGCCAGCUGUGUGGGGAGCCCGCCCUGCUCCUGUACGACCAGCUGGGCUCAGGUCCCAGCGAGGCGGCCCACAGCACGGCCAGGUCAGGUGACAUGGCGGCGGUGGUGGUGCCCGUGCUGUUCCUGCUGCUGCUGGCGCUGUGCGGCGGCAUGCUGGCGCUCUACCUGCGACACCGGCGCCUCACCAACAGCUUCACCGCCUUCGCCAACAGCCACUACAACUCACGCCUCGGGGCCGCCAUCUUCUCCUCUGGGGACGAGCUGGGGGAUGAUGAUGAAGAUGCUCCAAUGAUCAGUGGCUUCUCAGAUGACGUUCCCAUGGUGAUUGCAUAGCGCUCCACCCCCCUCCCCCUCCACCCCUUCCUCCACCCCCCCCACCUCCACCCCCCGCCCCCUCCACACCUCCCUCCACCCCCCCCACCUCCACCCCCCGCCCACUCCACACCUCCCUCCACCCUGACCAGAGUUAGAGGGCGCUCCUUGACUGUCAACCAAACGUGUGCGGGUUUCAGGAACACAGGACGACAAGUGAAAGAAGAUGAAAAUGAAAGAGAUAUUUUUUGAAAAUACGAUGCACUUUUUUUGGAUGCGCAAUAACUUAUUUUUUUAUAUAUAAUAUAUCUAUAUAUAUAUAUGGGUCAAUAUGGACUACGCUAGGAGGGGCGGAGUUCAAAGCAGGAAGUGAUUCAGGCGUUGAGGGAGGAGCUUUGCCGUGUGUCCCGCCUGGCUGGGUCAUCACUUCAAGCCAAAAUAAGCACCUGCCAACUGGAACGUCACCUAGCAACUGGAGCAUUCAACGGGGGAAACAUCUAUAUCCAUACACACAAAGUAUGAGAACAUUGUAAACGGUGAAGUGAUGAUGUCAUUUUCCACAAACUAAACAAACGCAGUUUAGUCCAUUCAGUCAGGUCAGUCUGAUAGUAAAAGUAGCUACCGUACAGAGGUACAGCCUCUUACAGAGAGAGAGGCUGACGAGAGUUGUUGUCGUCGUCAUGGGUUUCUGUUUGUUUGUGUCUUGUCUGUGUGCCUGUCUGUCUGUCUAUCUGUCCGUCUCUGUCUGUCUGUCUUUUUGUUUGCACGUAUCAGAUCACUCCAGCUAUUGUUAAACACAUUGUGAUCCUUGUAACUGUUUAAUUUUAAACUACUGGCACACCAGAGGGUGGGUUCUUACUGUAGGACCAUGUAGGACCAUGCAGUACUAGUUAGUACUACGCAGUACCAUGUAGUAACAUGCAGUACUAGGCAGUACUUGUUGGAUGCAGUGCAAGGUAAAACCAUGCAGUGCUAGGUAGUACUAUUCAGUACUAUAAGACAUGCACUAUGUCAUGUUGAAACGUCAUGUUGAGAUUUCUCAAGAGCCAUCGUUCUUUAUGUAAUUCAUUGCUUUAAUUUUUUUUAUUUAGAUGAAUGUAUUUUCUAUAUCUGUGAUUCUGAGGCUUUGAUACUGUGGCAGCAGCCCAGACACCAGUGAUACUGUGGCAGCGGCCCAGACACCAGUGAUACUGUGGCAGCGGCCCAGACACCAGUGAUACUGUGGCAGCGGCCCAGACACCAGUGAUACUGUGGCAGCAGCCCAGACACCAGUGGUACUGUGGCAGCGGCCCAGACACCAGUGAUACUGUGGCAGCAGCCCAGACACCAGUGGUACUGUGGCAGCGGCCCAGACACCAGUGAUACUGUGGCAGCAGCCCAGACACCAGUGAUACUGUGGCAGCGGCCCAGAAACCAGUGGUACUGUGGCAGCUGCCCAGACACCAGUGGUCUCCAAGCCCUGGGCCUGGACAGCUUCCUUUCUGGAGGCUUCAGCUCCCACCCUAAUCUAGCACACCUGAUUCUAAUAAUUAGCCGGUUGAUGUGGUCAAUCAUGCUGGGUACAGCUGGGCUUGUAGUAAAGACGUAGAAGGAGGCAGCAUUGAGGGAGCAGGUUUAGAGAGCAUGGCCGUGGGUGUUCUGUUGUCCUGGCUGGGCGCAUGCCGUCCUCAGUGGUGAAGUCCCGUCAUUCUGUUUACCACAUAUGCCUUAUUAAACCACUCUGGAUCUUGCUGUAGGUUUAAACACACACGUGCAUGCACAAACACACUCACACAUACACAAACACGUAUGCAUGCAAUACAGGCACGACCACAUGUGCACACUCACACACGACACAUUAUAUGUUCCAAGUACACUCACGGUACACAGUGUCCAUACACAUCAUUGUAGAGACUUAAGGAGAGAUGGGGGGGGGGGGGGGUGAUGGAGAGGAGGUGUGGGAAGAGAUGCAGAGUGGAAGUGAUCAACAGAGAAUAGAAAAGAUACUUCUAUUUAAUGUAAAGUCCCUAAUGCUGAACAGACCAGCUCUGUACAGUAGACACAUGCCCAAUAACAUUCUCCCUGUCAAGUUUUAACACUUGUCUUACAAAAUAUGAUUACUGGGUAUUGUGUGACCGUUUUUCCCCUGGUGUCUAAUUGUCAAUGAAUUAAUUUCUUGUAAGAUAGUAUGCUUAAAAAAGUUUUUUUUGCACAGAUAAUGUGUAAAUGAUGAAAAUGUUACACAUGGUCAUACUUGGAGAUAUUCCUGCUUGCUGAUGGAGGAUCUGUUGGGUGUGACAGGUACUGAAGCUUGGUUUGAGGUGUUAUGCUGAAAUAAACUGUCUGAAAAUGUGA